UUUGUCCUGUACUCAGGGAAAGAGUGGGUUUCCCAGCUCUUUCUGUAGAAGAUCAUGACAAAGGUGACUACCAGGAAGGAUUGAAACUCAACAUGCUGCCUUGGAUUUAACUCCUCUCGAAAGGAUUUACAAUUUCACGUGGACUGUAUUUGAAACGCUGUCCGCACAUUUGGGAUUUACUGCAUUUGAUUGGGAUUUUAAGGGUUCAUCAGCUGGUCGAGGAGUCAUGGAAGGUCUUGAAGCAACGAGUUACAUGUCUUUGCUGAAAGUUUCCGCUGGUUGGUAGCGAUCCAGCAUGUAGCAGAGGUGAACAAGUCCCUUCACGCCUGGGAACAAUCCGACAACAUAAUGGGGAAUUCAUAUGCUGGGCAGCUGAAAUCUGCUCGAUUUGAGGAGGCCCUCCAUAACUCAAUUGAGGCGUCACUGCGUUCGACCAGUGGAGAUCCACAGCCCAUCUUCACGCAGCUCUACUUGGAGCCGGAAUCGUAUCCUGGAAACAUGGAAGCAGGCGUGAAGUCGAAGGCUGACAUGGCGCUCCAUGAAGGGGAGCACCCAGGACACGAGCUUAUGAAUGACCAGUCGUCCAACGAUCUUGAGGAGCUGGAGGAUGAAGAGGACUCAGACAGCAACAGUCCUCCACUUCUUUACCUGCAAGCUCCUGCACCAGACGGGUGCUGCACACUGGAUGGGUUCUGUCAGGCCGGAAAAGACCUCCGCCUGGUCUCCAUAGCAACAGAGUCCAUCGAAGCCCCAGCAGGCUUCAAGCUGGUUGGUGCUAAGUCUCCCAGUGUCCCCGAGCACAUCCUGGUGUGUGCUGUGGACUCCCGCUUCUUGCCUGAUGAGAAUGGGAAAAAUGCACUUUUAGGUUUUUCAGGAAACUGCGUAGGCUGCGGUGAAAAGGGUUUCAGAUACUUCACCGAGUUUUCAAAUCACAUCAACCUGAAGCUAUCCACCCAGCCUAAGAAGCAGAAGCACUUAAAAUACUACCUGGUGAAGAAUUCUCAGGGUGCUCUGUGCAAAGGACCCCUCAUCUGCUGGAAAGACAGUAAAACCCGUCCGUUCACAAGCAGCGUGUCAGCCUCCAAACCCAGCUCGUCCUCCUCCCUGAGCAGUAAAGAAAACGGAGGCACCAGCGCACACAGCUCCUCUCCAUUUUCCCUCUCAGAUUCUCCACCCACCACAACGGCGCAAACAUCCUCUGUCUUCUUUGGAGGUCAGGACCUUGGCAGAGACUGUAGUUUCCUUAAACCUCUGGUCUCCACACCUGGAAACAAGACUCUGCCAAUAGUACCCACAGCUCUUAGGGUGAACGGGCCAACUAACAGCCUGAGUGUUGAUGGACGUCCUCCCUUACUGAGCCCCUCCCAGGUGUCCUUAGGGCCUCAAAGCCAGGGGUAUCGCGCUGCUGAUUUAGGAGACAGUCCAGUAUCGUCUGCUAUGAAUGCCGGUCCCCCAAAGAAGCGCCAUCGGAGCUGGCAUCCCAGCGCCUUGGUUCCAGUCCCACCAACAGCUGUCCCUGUACCAGCGAUCCGUCCAAUAGUUUGUUCUCCAGGUUCUGUAUUAGCAGUGUCCUCUCCUCAACCAUCGGUAGCAGGUGUCAUUCAGCCCCAACCUGUCACUGUUGGAGAAACAGUCAUCGUCCCAGACAACCUGCUCAACUCCUCAGGAGUUCGCCCUGUCAUCCUGAUUGGCCAUGGCGCUUUACCUUAUUUCUAUGGGAACGUUGGCGAUAUAGUGGUGAGCCCCCUGCUGGUCAGCUGCUAUAAGAGCAACCAGCUGACAGACAAAACUCUGGAGACUUUGGGCCUCAGCAGCAGCCAGUUACUCAGCGUGGAGACGAUGAUUCUGCUCACUUUACAGUAUCUUGCACGUUUAGGUUCCGAGCAGAUUCCUCUGAGGGAGGAGCUGGAGCAGAUAGUUUUGAAGGCCAUGCUGUGCUGUCCGGGGGGUCCUGCCAUCUCUCCGUCUCAGCUGCCCUGGCUGGCUCGGCUAGAAGCAAGUGUCUCUGGGGGCAGCGUUCAAGUAGUGGUGACCCAUAACUCUUUGGGUGAGGGGAUUUCUGAGUCGCUGCGUUCUCUCAGUGAGGGCCCUCAACAUCAACAGUGCCUGCCAACCUAUGUGGUCAUUAUAUGUGCCUCUAAAAUGAGCGGCAACGAGUUCUGUGUGCUUGCUUUGGGAAAGUACCAAGCAAGGGCCUUAGGUGAAGGCAUGCUGACAACCAAUGAGUUUCUGAAGGAAAUCAGCUACGAACUCAUCACAGGGAAAGUCAGCAUCCUGGCAUCUCACUUCAAAACCACCUCUCUGGGGGACAAUCUUGACAAGCAGCUGGUGCGAUACCAACGCAGACGGAAAGGACAGGUCAUCCAGCCCUUUCAGGGCGAUGUCACUGACCACAUUCACUCCCAGGAGGCUGCCAGCAUGUCACCAACCUCAUACACAGAGCCUUUCAGUAAGGUCUUCCAGAUCUAUCCAUCACAGCUCAGUGUGGCUCGUAGCCUCCUCUCUCAAGUCUGCUCCAUCGCUGACUCAGGGACGCAGAACCUUGACCUGGGCCGUUUUUGUAAGGUGGACUUUCUUAUCUUGGUCCCACCCUCUCACAUUCUGGUGCACCAGACAGCACAGCGGAUCCGACAAUCAGGUGUGCUUGUGGACCUGGGGAAUGAAGAUGCCCCCUCAGCCCACCAGAAAUCAGACAAGUACGUGGUGCGUCUGGACACUGACGUUCACGCUAAGAUGGAGGCCUUCAUGAAGAAAGUCAAGCAGAACCCCUACACCCUGUUUGUCCUCAUUCACGACAACUCGCAUGUCGACCUCACAAGUGCCCUGUCAGGCUCUGUGUGCCACGGGGAGCUGCAGGGUUUAGCUGACCGGGUGGUGAAUUGCCAGGAAGUCCUUGAUGCCUUGAACCUGCUGGUGCUGCAGGUUAGCUGCUUCCCUUACACCCUGCAGACCCGCCAGUCACGCAUCAGCAUCCACAACGAAGUUCACUGGCCAUCCAACGAAAGCCUUCAGAGGGAGCAGUCUCCUAAUGAGUUGGUCUACUUUGGCCUGAGGGACUACAGCAGGUCCCUGCAGUGGGGCGUGGCCAGUCCCAUCCUGCGCUGUGAUGAUGCCUUUGAGGAGAUGGUUCAUACUCUGCUGGAAAGACAUCCACAUCUACACAGCAUGGUGAUCCGCAGCUAUCUGCUGAUUCAGCAGUACACUGAGGCCAUGAUGGCUCUGACCUCUUGCCCUUCCCUGAGGGACCACAUAACCCCAGAGACCCUGGCCAUGGUGGAGGAUCUGAUCAACGCUCCAAGCAGAGAGGGCUCUCAGGGCCGUGGCCACAUGCUGCUGGUCCGUGUCCCCUCACUGCAGCUGGCCAUGUUGGCUCGAGAGAGACUAGAAGACGUUAGGGACAAGCUGGGGCUCCAGUUGUGCUUCGCAGUGCUGCUUGGCAGUCCUGCCUCCGAGCUCAACUUGCACAGAAACUUUACCAGUCGCCUCAGGGCGUGGCGAGGCUAUGACAGUGAAGACUGGGUACCACACACCUACGAGGAUCUGGAAGGGCUCCCCUGCAUCGUCAUCCUCACAGGGAAAGACCCUCUUGGAGAGACUUUCCCCAGGUCUCUGAAGUACAGCGACCUGCGUCUGAUAGACUCCAGUUACUUGACUCGCACAGCCCUGGAGCAGGAGGUGGGUCUGGCCUGCACAUAUGUGCCAAUGGGCAUGGUCCAGGAGCCCAAAAAGGCUAUGGCCCCUCGGGAAUCAGAUGGCGAGAAGGCCACUACCAGCUUGAAUGAUGGAGAGGAGCUGGAAAGACCUCAGAGCAACGACAGCGCUGCAACCAGAACCUCCGGCUCUUUGUUAGAGAAUGGUGUCAGCUCGUCCGAUAUUGCCGACUCUUCUCAGAAGCCCUCCACAUCCACCUCCCAACCUCAAGGUGCUGCCACCUCGGACAUCGGCACGCUAACGCAAGGAUUCAAGCAGGAGUGUGACUCUCAAGGAAGCCAGCUCCCCUCCAGCGCUUCCAAAGCCCCCAAGGCCCCUCCAUCCCUUUACACCAAUUCGUCAUCUUCCUCUCCUUCACCAUCUUCCUCCUCCACCCAGAGGCCCAGCCAGUCCGUACAGUGCAGUCGAGAGUUUAAGCCCACUAGAGUGUCACCGCGGACAGUCAUCUUGUCGCGAGCUGCAUACAACCUGCUGGCGGGGGAGUCGAGGAGUCAGCUGAGCUCCUUCUCACUGCUGCCUCAUGCAGAUGUGGCCUGGAGCAGUCCGCUGAGGCCCUUUAUCACUCACAACCUGCAGGGGGCAGAACUGAGUAUGUACUACCGCCAGUGGACCACUGCCAGGCAGCACCAUGCUGAUUACGAAGCACCGCCUGUGCCACAUCCACGACGCCUGCUCCUCAGUGGACCCCCACAGGUGGGAAAAACUGGUGCCUACCUGCAGUUUCUACGGAUCUUGUUUCGUAUGCUCAUCAGACUACUGGAGGUAGACGUGUAUGAUGAGGAAGAAGAGGAGGAGGAAGAAAAUUCAGAGGUUACAACUCCAGUAAAUAUCCAGUGGCCUGAUAUUGAAGAAAUUAGAAAGCUGCCCUUUGACCCCAACCCCCGAGACCCUAAGUUCAGGAAGGCCAGUCCCAUUUACUCAGACAAGAUGCCAAAGUGCUUCAAAGAUUUGAAGCUAGAAGGAGAGGGGCAAACUCCAGUCAAACGAGUGACCAAGUCAAUGCGGCUGAGCAGGUUUGCUGCCCACAAUGCCUUUCAUCACUGUGAACAGUGUCACCAGUACUGUGAAGCAGGUCCUGCCUCACAGCUGUCGGAGUGCACCUUCCAUGCUUUCACCUUCUGCUCGUCCAUGCUGGGGGAGGAGGUCCAGCUCCAGUUUGUGAUUCCCAAAGCCAAGGAGCAGCACUUUGUUUUCGGUCUGCAGGGCUGCCACCUGGAGAGCAUGCGCCUGCCUCUGGUUUCCACCAAGGACUCAGAUCUUUUGAAGAGUCCAAUCUUCACUCCGACUACAGGGCGCCAAGAGCACGGUCUGCUCAACAUUUUCCACGCCAUGGAGGGCGCCACUCACCUGCACAUCCUGGUGGUCAAACAAUUCGAGAUGCCCCAGUACCGGAAGUACUGGCCCAACCACAUCCUCCUCGUCCUGCCAGCUAUGUUCGACAAUGCCGGAGUUGGUACUGCCCGCUUCAUGAUCAAAGAGCUGUCAUACCAUAACCUGGAGCUGGAGAGAAACCGCCUGGAGGAGCAGGGUGUCAAGAGACAAGAUGUGUGGCCGUUCAUUGUCAUGAUGGACGAUUCCUGUGUGCUGUGGAGCGCCCACCAGUCAGGAGACGGAAGUGAGAUAUCAGAUGGAAGCUCAACUCUCACCAGCGUGUCUUUGAAAACGGUGCUGCAGCAUAUGGAGAACACACCAAAGAUCUCCCUCUAUGCCUUGUGUGGUACACGCAAGUGGAACAGCAGCCUCACUCACAAGUCUCCCAGCAACCCCUUCAGUCGAUGUCACCUCCAGAACUUUGUAAUGCUCAAUGUGGACCUGACACAAAAUGUUCAGUAUAACCUUAAUCGGUAUGACUAUGAGGAUGUGGACUUUAAUCUGAGAGUAAAUAGCAGUGGGUUGCUGCUGUGCCGCUUCAACAACUUCUGUCUGAUGAAGAAACACAUUCCAGUGGGGGGGAACAAAGACUACUUGAUCAAACCGAAACUCAUGAAAAUAGAAAACACUUCUCAAAUCAGCCCAUCGCAGUACGUCUGCGCCCCAGACAGCGAGCAGACCCUCCUAGACGCCCCGGCCCAGUUCCUGCUGGAAAGGUUCCUACAGAGCUGCAGUCACAGGCUGUUUCCGAAAGCCGUUCAGAACAGAAACAACCCAGUUCUGUCCAUCGACAGCUACCUCAACCUCAGCCCGGAGAUUUCUGUGUGCUACAUCAGCUCUCGUCCACACUCCACCAACCUCAACCAUCAGGGCCUGGCGUUCAGUGGUCUGCUGCUUUACCUCUGUGACUCCUUCGUUGUCUCUGGACUCCUCAAGAAAUUCCGCUUCCUCAAAGGUGCCACUCUCUGUGUGAUCUGUCAGGACCGAAGCUCCCUGCGUCAGACUAUAGUCCGACUAGAGCUGGAGGACGAGUGGCAGUUCCGCUUGCGGGACGAGUUUCAGACAGCCAACUGCAGCGAGGACCGGCCCCUCUACUUUUUGACUGGCCGCCAUGUUUAGCCUGUGACUGCUGUCCUGCUGGAGAAACACAAUCAGAAAUGAGGGUACAUUUGAUUCCAAACCAUCCAGCACACCACAGUUCUUGCCAGGUCCAUUGCAGGUAAUGGAGGGGCUAGAGGACAUGCGGCCCCAUGGUGUGGCUCGCCAUUCAUCUAUAUGACCACAGUGCACUACGCCUGGCUCUGAGGAGGGCCAGUGCACGUUUUAAACUCUCGUUUGUUGCCGGCCCCAUCUCCACCGGAACUUGUGUUCUACUGACUAAGACUUUGCUGGGAGAAAAAGCUCAACCGAAAUUGAAAUGUAUUUGUUUUGUUGUUGUAUUUUGCAAAAAUGGACGCUCUCCUGAUCGACAAUGUGACUAUUGGAAGAUUGUAAAUGUACAUUUUUGAAAGGGUUUCAAAAGGGAGAUGAAAGAGAGGUGGCUUAAACGGGUUUGUCUCCUUUUUCACAGUGUAUGUUUAGCAUUAACUUAUGUUGGCACCAAAGACAUCCUCAGCUGCACCUUGUCUUUUGCCUUCACUUUCCUCAUCCCUUCUCUUCUGCUCUGUCUCUCAAACUGCACAAAGCUCAUUGGCUUUAGAAUGUCAGUUCACCACAUUAAUAAAACAUAAACACGUGUAUUGGAUUUCCAUCAUCAAGAGCAUCGGAUUCCCCCUUUCAUACUAGUGAGAUUCCAACAAUAAGCGACUAUUUGAUCGAGCACAUUUAAACCACAAAUGGGGACUGCUUUACUCCUGUGCCUCUAAAAUAUUUACGUGGCAUCGAUAAUCCUUCUGACAAGAAGCUGUGUGAGUGUGGUUUUAGUUCCCAAAUGGAUGAAUUUCACUUUCUUCACAACUAAGGAAAAGUGCAAGUUGUGUCCUUUCAUGAAUGUAAGACUUUAAUGUCCUAUUAUGGCUUGAAUAUAAGCAUAUGAAGUUGGUCUGUUAUUUAAAACACUGACUUAGAUGACUUUCCACAGGGUUUUAUUUUACAUCUCAUCCGUUAAUGUGUAAUGCCACUCAGACAGAGCAAUGUGGACGUACAGUCUAAACGAAAUAUUUUACGUAGAGGCAUUUGCUGACCUAAGCGCUAGGUCACAAUCAUAUGAAGUCAGGAAAUGCCAUGUAUUAAUCAAGCUCCCUCACUGCCAAUCAUCUUGCCGCUCACUGUGCCUAAGAUUCCACCUCCUGCUGUCAUGUUCUGAGGCUGAUUGUACACCGGUGAUCUUGGCCUCUGUCCACACACCUUGAAGUGGUUCAUAAAAACAAAGGGUCAUCCAAGAAAUACCGUCAAGAGCAACCGAACAGGUCAAUUCAUAUACUUGAAAGGAAGAAUGUUUUAUGUUUCUGCACAGGGUUGUCCAAAGAAUAUCCCUUAAGCAAUGUUUCACACGGCCACUUCUCGAGUCUUUCAUUUUUCGGACCAAUGAGAAUGAAGAAACCAUUUAAACUGUGAGGUGAAGGAAUGUAGUUUGAGUGUAGCAAGAUGAAAGAAUUGGAUUUUGGACUACUGUACUGUUUAAAGCUUUGUUUACAUUAUUAAUAUAUUAUAUCAUCCCCUUAACCGCUGAGGGUCACUGAUGGUUUUUUUUUAGUCUUGUGUAACUUUUGCCAGUAUACUUUGGUCACGUCUUUGUGCAUUUUAUGUUGCAAAGGCGAGAAGAAUCUACCUAGAUAUAUCUUUAAACAUGUGUCUGUAUCCCUUUCUGUUCUUGUGUUGGAUUUUUAUUGAAAAUUAUGAAAAAAAUCAGGUCCAUGAGGGAUUCUUAUUUAUUUGACGAGCAUUUUGGACUGCUAAUCACAUUGAGGUGUAACAUCUGAUUGUAUGCUAAGCUUGCUUAAACCGAGGAAGCGUGUCCGUUUUCGAAAGCGUUCACAAAGGCUUUGCAGAAGACUCAAAUGAGUGAUUUUUAGAUCUACUGAAUGCCAUUGGUGGUUGGAAAUGUGAAUUUGCCCUGUACAAUUUGACAGCGACAGAAAAAACGAUUUCCAUAUCAGCGAAACAAUUGAAUGAAGUUCCCCAAAGAGCCCAGAAUGAGUCCAAAUACUGGACUGGUGAUGAAAAUGUUUUCUGUCAAACUCCAGUGGUCCAUAGAAUGUCUCUUUCUUUUUGAUAAUUUAAUACUUAAUAUGCAACUUGCUCUCACAAUCUUGACUAGAAUGUGUCUGAUAACCAUGUGCAGCCCAGAGGUAGCCUUGGUGCCUGGUUGAUCUAUCUCAUGUUUACCAUUGUGGUUGCAGGCUGUGAAUAAUGUAACAUGAAAGCAAUGCUAUUGUUGUUGACAAAUUAUGAAUGUAAUAAAAAUGACUUCUAAAUUCA